GCUGUUUAUCACAACAUGAGCGCGUGAGGCUCGUGCUGUAGGCGUCAUGGACGAUAAAUAUCACCGGGCGGCGCGCGACGGGCGCCUGGACCUGCUGAGAGAGGCCACGCGCAGGGAGCUGAACAGCCCUGACGAGGACGGCAUGACCCCCACACUGUGGGCAGCCAACCACGGACACCUGGACGCGGUCAGGCUGGUGCUGGGACGGGGCGGGGAUCCGGAUAAGUGUGAUAUCUGGGGAAACACUCCUCUGCACUUGGCUGCAGCCAAUGGCCAUCUGAACUGUCUGUCCUUCAUGGUGUCGUUCGGUGCCAACAUCUGGUGUCUGGACAACGACUACCACACGCCUCUGGACAUGGCGGCCAUGAAAGGCCACAUGGACUGCGUGCGCUAUCUGGACUCCAUCGCCGCCAAGCAGAUCACCCUCAGCCCGAAGGUGGUGAGCAAACUGAAGGACCGUGCCUUCCAUAACGCGGAGCGUCGCAUUAAAGAGUGCGCCAGACUGCAGCAUAAACACCACCAGCGCAUGGAGAAGCGCUUUCUGAGAGAAGCAGCGGCCUCUGAGAUGUCUGACACCAUCAGUCUGUCCAGCUACGGCAGCACCCUGAGCCGAAAGAUACCGCAAUUCAGCACCAUCAACUCCAGCAUCACCUACACACAGGGGCUGCACUCCACGGCCAAAGGCAGGACAAAGAUCCAGAAGCGCCUGGAGAAGAAAAAGCAGAGCGAUGGCACCUUCAAGAUUUCCGAGGAUGGCCGAAAAAGUGUCCGUUCGCUGUCCGGUCUGCAGUUAGGCAAUGAUGUAAUGUUCCUGAAGCAGGGGACAUACACCAGCCCUGGCCAGCGCAUCCCUAACCGCCUCCAUGUCCGCAACAUGUUCUUCCACAGCCCGUUAGCUGAUUAUGACAGUGAUGCAGACACAGUUUCACGAGUGCUGAGUGAUCCAGGGCUGUACGAGGCUGCAUAUUCUGAGAUCAGCGAGGACUCCGGGAGAGACUCUUUGUUCUCCCGACCAGGCCUGGGAACGCUCGUAUUCCGGCGGAAUUAUGGCAGCGAGGGUUUGCUGGGGCUCAGUCGAGAUGAUUCGUACAGUGUGGCGGGAAGCGAACCGGUGGGACGGGUGCCAAACGUUCACUUACGAGGCCGACUGCCACUCAGAUCUCCCAGUCUAGAUCAGGAGAGCAUCGUCAGCAUAGCAAGCCUACAGGACAGGAAUCUACAGGAAUUGCCAUGGGAAGAAGGUGAUCUUGGUGUGGAGGAGGAUGAUGAAGAGCUGCAGCCCUCCUCAGCUCCUCUGGAGGUGUUCCUGGCCUCUCAGGGCCUCAGCGAGUUCCUCUCUAUUUUCCUGAGUGAGCAGAUGGACCUGGAGGCUCUGCUGAUGUGCUCUGAACCUGACCUGACCAGCAUUCACAUCCCCCUUGGCCCCCGUAAGAAGCUGCUGGACGCCUGCAGCUGCCGCAACCACACGCUGCAGAGAACCAGGGCCAUAUGUGACACCGAUCUAUGAAAUGUGGAUUCAGUGUGGGUGCAAAAUUGUGACUGUGUGAUGUCACGGUGCAAAAAAGUGGCUGUGUUUUAACACUGAAAACAGUGUUGGUCAGCUUUUCUUUGUGAGCGAGGCAGUGACCAUGUUUUAUAUGUGACUAAGUUAUUGAAGCCACUCCAGAGCUGCUUUAUACCCGAGUGCAUGCUAAACUCAACUGUGUCAGUCUUAUCAGCCGGUGCUGUUUUAGUAUGUUAUAGUUUGUGCUCCAGACAGACGGCUCGCCGCGCUGCUCUCAUCUACAGGGUGAGUCCAAAGUCACAGAACAACGUUUUAUUUUUCCAAUGGGAAGGUGGUCAGAUAGCAGAUCAAAGAAGACCAAAAUUGUCUCAGAAAUCGAUCGCCGCAGUCAGAUUUGCAAUAUCUCUUGUGGUUCAAAAGUUAUCAACACAGAAAGUUGCAACAACUGGGAACAUUGCCUGUGAUGCACAGCUAUAUGAUGUGUUCGAUGUGCUGACCCUGGUGCUGAACACAGAGCUGAAGGCGCAGAAUCCAAUCAUUAUGAACCCGCAUGAGAAUCUCU